AUGACGCCCCGCCGAGACCGCGACACGCCGAACAUUGUCUACUCCCAGCCCGCGGCCACGGGCACGGGCGACAGCGUAAUCUCGCAGAUGGCCUACGCUGUCCGCUGGCUGCGCGACAAAAGCGAGCCGCAGACCUGCGUGGACGUGCUCGGCUACCUGUCGUACACCAACCGACCCGAGAACGAGCAGGAAUUCUUCGUCGAGCAGAUGCGCCGCAACCCCCAGAUCCAGUGGAUCCCGGACCCGGCGCUGAGCGAGCAGACUUGGCGGUCCGGCACCUACGUGCACCGCCCGACGAUCCCGGACGUUCGGAACAAGACGCAGCUACUUGCGUACUUGCAGAAGAAGACGGAUGCGAGCGGAGUCAGCGUCAAGGACCUGAAGGACGGCUGGCCCGACUGCGAGGGGGCCAUCAACGAGCUGGAAUCGGAGCACAAGUUGCUGGUGGUGCGCCACAAGAAGGACGGGGCGCCAAGGAUGGUCUGGCUGGACGACCCGAGCCUGCACCACGAGGUGGAUCCGGAGCUGAAGCUGAUGUGGUCGCGCGUCGAGGUGCCCAGCACGGACACCAUUGUGCAGCGGCUGGUGGCGGCCCAGCAGAAGCCCGCGUCGGAGGACCCCCAAGUCAAGGCGGCGCAGGCACCCAAGGAGGUGAAGAAGAAGAAGAAGGCCCCGCGGCGGACGGGCAAGUCGACCAAUGUCCAUAUGGAGCACCUCCUGAAGGAUUACAGCCACAUGAAGCGUUGA